GAAGGAGCGUCACCAAAUUUCAAACCUGUCUGGCGGUUGUUCGCCUCUCUGAAUGUAGCCAGCCAGCCACAAUAGUUCACAUGGAUACGUCGACACGCUUUUUCGCCAAGUUGCGGAGUCUGGCUGUGUUCUUAGACACCGAGAGAACCAACCUGGAACACACCGCCAGCCAAAACCUGCACCAGGACGAUGAUGAUACAGAAAGUGGUGCAGUCCAAGCACUACAUGAGCUCCAUUCUGAAGUUAGAGGACUUAAGAAACAGGUUCAAAAACAAGUGGCAUCUCAGGAGGAUGGGAGUACUGAGCUGAGGAGGUUCAUUAAAGCCUGCAUGGUGCUGAAACAGCGGACUACAGAGGACAUCGAAAGAAUUCAGAGACAUUAUGAAAAAUAUGGCUACAAACCACAGAAAGCUUCCCUGAAGUCAGAAGUGAAUUGUAAAGGUGAGGCAGAUGGGAGUUCUUCUGUAGAUGAUGAGCCAUCUGAGGAGAUAACGAGAGAUAAAGAGGAGUCAGUUGAUGCUCCAGAAUAUAAAACACCUGAGAAGAUGCCACCUCCAGCUGUUGACCCAACACGCACUCCACAGCUCUCGGAUUAUGGCCUGUCUGUGCUCCACCUGCAGAUGGUGCUUGGCAAUUCAGAAAUGCCUCAAGAAGUAGCACCUGUUCCAGCUGUGACUCUCACGCCGCCAUCGCUUCACAUGACCACGCAUGAAUUCGAGCCAAAGACACCCAAGUGCUCUCUGAGUAUGGACGAGGAGGCCCUAACCCCUCGACUGGAAAACUUUGGCAUCACAGAAAGCACAAUGUGUUUUAAUAAUGAUUUCACUAUGGACCUGUUUCGCAAGAAACCACCAAAAGACAGGCCGAGUAACAGCAAAACGCAAGAGACUGCCCAGACAUCACCACACAGCCUGCCUACAGCUCCAUCUUGUGGCCCUCUUGGGAGACUUUCUUCUGACAGCAUGGAGUCCCCAGAGGUGCCUGUGUUUUCUACUCUGGAGAUCAAGAUGAAUAAACAACCGGAUCAGUCAUGUGAUCUGCCAAAUGGAGUGAGUGACUCUGAGUCCCCGUCUCGGCUUGGUGCUGCUGCGGCUGCUACACCUGAACUCCCUACGUUUGAGACGCCAUACAUCAGCAAGCUCGUCAGUGCCAGAAAGGAAACCAAACAGAACGAAGGGGAGGGUCUCCCAGGCUCACUGAAAAGCACAUCCUGCCCUGCUGAAGGCCUAUCUGUUGGAGAGAUUCCACAAAUGCCAGUCAGCCUUUCUCAGAUGGAGGAGACCACACCUGAAAUGCCAAGACUACAGUCCUUUUUUAGCAGCACUUUACCUUGUGUAGGAGCAGGUAUUCAGUCAGCAGUGACUGAGCCUCGAGGUCCUCUGCUACAAGCUGAUGAACACACUCAGGAUUGGUGUCUGGCCACACCACGCAUCCGCAUGGAGUUUGAUGUUGAGCCGCGCACCCCUGAGAUGCCUGAUAUGAGCUCCAUCACACAGGAUAUCUUUAAACUUGUGGCUCAAACUAAUAAUAAACAACCCACCACUACAUCAGUACACGCAAGCUCAAAGGCUAGUUUGAAUACACUGGCCCCUGGGAAGGAGAACAGAACUCAAAUUGUUGCUCAAGUGUCUGAAAAAGAGUAUCAUGGGCUGGCAUCUUACAUGAAACAGAUCCCCCUCACCAGUCUCAACUUGGCACUCAACAAAGUCAACCAAGUACUUGAGGAGCGGCGCACAGAUGGUGAGACAAACUCUGAAGAAUUUCAUAUUGAAGAUUUGAGGAAGAUCUUGGACGUGGGGCCUCAGGCUCCCAUGUACGUUUUGUGUUUUGUUGAGCUGAAAAGGUUGGAGAAUGUACAGGGAUUUGGAAGAAAUGCAACGUUUAAGAUCCUAACCAAGACAUAAAGACAUGGUUAUGUAUUUAAGAUGUUGGUUUCUGUACAUACAUACAGAUUUCUUUUGCAGGAUGUUGCACACAGAUUGGGUUUGUGAUCUGGCAACACGCUUUGUCACAUAAACAGACUAUGAUGCAGAAUUCUCAUAUCCACAAUGACACCCCAUCCAAAUGUUUUUCUGCUUCAGUACCAGAUGUUCAUCUCAUUAUCUCUAGCCGCUUUAUCCUGUUCUACAGGGUCGCAGGCAAGCUGGAGCCUAUCCCAGCUGACUACGGGCGAAAGCCGGGGUACACCCUGGACAAGUCGCCAGGCCAUCACAGGGCUGACACAUAGACACAGACAACCAUUCACACCUACGGUCAAUUUAGAGUCACCAGUUAACCUAACCUGCAUGUCUUUGGACUGUGGGGGAAACCGGAGCACCCGGAGGAAACCCACGCGGUACCAGAUGUUGUAGUUUUCAGUUACUUGAAGCAUAUUAUGUAUUAAAUGUAAAUUUUGCUGAUAAUAAAUUUUUGUAUAACUUUG